AUGCAAGAUACGGAUAGAAAAGAGUUUACUGAAUUAGGCGUUAAGCCGUGGCUCAUCAAGCAAUUGGGGACAUUAGGUAUACGCUCUCCAACGCCUAUCCAGAAAGGCUGCGUUAAGCAGAUUCUAGAUGGACAUGAUUGCAUUGGCGCAGCAAAGACAGGAUCGGGGAAAACAUUUGCUUUUGCACUUCCUAUUUUACAGCACUUAGCAGAAGACCCAUAUGGAAUAUUUGCUUUAGUUUUAACUCCAACACAUGAAUUAGCUUACCAGAUAGCUGAUCAAUUCCUUAUACUUGGUCAACCUCUCAAGCUGCGAGUAUGUAUAGUAACUGGAGGUUCCGAUCAGUUAGAGGAAUCAUUAAAACUAGCCAAGCGUCCACAUAUAGUUGUGGGUAUGCCAGGAAGAUUAGCUGACCACAUUACUGGUUGUGAUACAUUUUCUUUGAAGAAAAUAAAGUAUCUGGUAUUGGAUGAAGCUGAUAGGCUUUUCAGUGAGUCAUUUGAAGAAGAUCUAAAGACGAUUUUCAGUGCUGUGAAUCCUAAGAGACAGAAUUUACUGUUUUCAGCCACAAUUACAGAUGAUGUCAGAGAAUCUACUUUAUUACCCCUUAACAAAGAGAAACUACUAACUUGGUCAGAAACAGAUCACCGAUUAACUGUUUCAACGCUCGAUCAACGUUACGUCGUAUGUCCUGCGUACGCAAGGGAUGUAUAUCUCGUUCAAACUUUACGGAAGUACCGAGAUACGAAACCUAGUUCACACGUCAUCGUCUUCACUGAUACCAAAAAAGAAUGCCAAGUGCUUUCAAUGAUGUUAAAUGCUAUAGGCAUGGAUAAUGUUUGUCUGCACGGCUUCAUGAGACAGAAAGAGAGAGUAUCUGCCCUUACCCAGUUCAGAAGUAACUUAAAGUGUACCUUGAUAGCAACAAAUGUAGCUGCAAGAGGACUGGAUAUUCCAUCUGUGGAUUUAGUUGUAAAUCACAAGCUGCCAUUGGAACCUAAAGAAUAUAUUCAUAGGGUCGGCCGAACGGCGCGUGCGGGACGCAGCGGUCUUGCGAUAUCCCUUAUCACUCCAUAUGACAUCCUGCGUCUCGGCGAAAUCGAGGAGAAGAUAAACACUAAACUUAGCGAAUAUAAAAUUGAUGACGAUGAAGCAGUGAAAGUGUUUACAACAGUGAGCGUAACACGACGAGAACAAGAGGCUCAGCUCGACAAUGAAGAGUUCGAGCAGAGGCGUCGCAAUUACAAGAUCAAACGCUGGAUCAUGGCGGGAGUGGACCCCGACGAAAUGGAGGAAGGGUUGGAAGAAAUGCGGCGUAAACGAAUAAAAGCUGCAAAGAAAGCCAAACUAGCCAAAAUAAAGGACAUUCAAGCAAAAAUUCAAAAGGAGGAAGAAAAACAGAACGGCGAGGACCGUCUGCAACAAAUCGAGACAGAAGAUAUAGACAAAACAAUCAAAGACGGUCUUAAGAAGGUUAACAAAAGUCUAAUGAAAAAAGACUCUAGAUUUAAAAAUAUGAUUGGGCAAAUAAGCAAAAUCAAACAGAAAGCUGAAAAUGUCGAUAAGAACAAACUGAAUGCGGUAAAUCUAUCUAAAAAGAAGAAAAAAAUUAAAUAA